AGAAGAGAAGACUCCCUGGAAAAGACCCUGAUGUUGGGAAAGAUGGAGGGCACAAGGAGAAGGGGACGACAGAGGAGGAGAUGGUUGGACAGUGUUCUUGAAGCUACCAGCAUGAGUCUGACUAAACUGCGGGAGGCAGUGGAAGACAGAAGUGCCUGGCGUGCUCUGGUCCAGGGGGUCACGAAGAGUCAGACACGACUAAACGACUAAACGACGACAACAGGAUGAAGCUUCCAAGGGCUGUCUGUCUCCACCUAUCAGGUGCAAAGGAUAGAGAGCCAUGUUUUCACCACGUCUACUGGUGUAGGUCCUGCCUUGAGAGCAGGGAUCUUGGGGAAUCUCUGGCCCUCAGGCCUGACACAAGCUCCAAUUUGGCCCACGAGGCAUGACUUAGUUGAGCCUUUUCUAGCAAAUUCAGCUCUAUGGACUUCAUGCAUUAAACUAGCACUGAUAUGCAUUGUUAGGUUUGCUGCAAAAACUCCCACAGUUUUGAGGUUGGUUUGGGGCAUUUUCAUUUCUUUCUCUCCUCUUCAGGAAAUACUUCAUCAUGGGAUUCAAGUUAUGGCACUUCCUCACCUGAAAGUACGGUAAGUAAGAGUGUGCUCCCAAUUCUUUCCUUUCAAAUUGAUUGACAUGAUUGGCGCCAGCUGAUUGAAAGGUGGACAGCCCCCUCCACUUGUCAAAAUGAUUGGGAUAGCUCAGCCUCUAUCUCGGCAGUUGACAUAUUUUAAGUAUAGCCUAGCCUCCAAAACUAUCUCUUUCUCAGCUCUUAAACUAGGAAAAACAUAUUUUUUUUAAUAGUGGAUUUUCUCCAGAAAAGUAAGGGGGCUGUGGGUGGGCAGGCACUUUAGGCGCUAAUAAUGCAAUUUGUCCACUGCAAAAACCAUGCAUUCGUGAGGAGUAGUGACUCUACAAUUGAUAACCACCUAGAAGCAGGUCUGCUCCAUCUUCUGCAUGACUGUCUUCAGGUACUUAAAGGCUGCUAUCAUGUCUUUCCUUAAUCUUCUCCUGGUGGAAGUUCUUCUAACUGUCCCUCAGAACUUGUUUCCAGACAUACUGCAGGUGCAUCAGGCCUUGUGUCAGAAUCCAGGCUGGUACAUGGGUGUGCCAGGGUUAACCAAGACUGAAUGUUGGUGGCUGGAUGCAUAUUCUAUCACUUUCACUUUUAAAACGUGUUCCCCUUUUCUACAAUAAAACAGUGCUUAUUUCCAAGUAAAUGCAUUUAGCAUCAGGGCAGUUAUUUUAUUUAGCGUCAGUUUCAUUCCCGUAGUCACGAUGGUUGCAAUGAUUUAAGUGAAUUUAAAAUGCAAAAGUGCACAUGCUCAGAAUAUUUUCUUCUUUAAAUCUGCGUUGUCACACUGCCUUUUGUCUGCUUUUGCUCUGGCGUAUUGGGAAUCUGGAAACUGCUGUAAAGCAUGGAUGGGGAGAAGAUAAACAACUAUUGUGUGCUUUGCAACUGAAGCACCACACACCACUACCCAAAGUUGGGGGGGUUAUAAAAGGUUUAAGUCUAAAAUUACAUAGCGGCCCCACAAUCUGUGCAUCUUGCUACAAUCUUCAACAGCUGCUUUUCAAAGCAUGUAGCAUGUUUUCAAUUACUUUUCACACUCCCCACCCACCCAAAAUUAGUGUCGCCUAACUUUUCUGUUACUUGACUAAACUGGUAUGCAAAAUCAUAUCCAGUAGUGUUUUCCUGCGUUGCUGAGUAUUUUAGAAGAUAAAUAAUCCCUCCCUGACCACAGAGAAGCAUCUCCUUGAGAAAGGAACAAAUGGCCUUAUUCCUUAUAAGGCAUCACCCGGCAGCUUGAGCCCUGUGAAUGGGCAAUUGCUCUCUGAUUGUUCGCAGCCUCUUGCUUCACGCAGCGGCUCAGAGCAGCGCCAGGAAGCUGCAGGCGGCGGGCAGAAAAACCGAAAGCAGCCGGAGCCAAGAGAGAAGCAGCUUCUGCAGCUCAGCAUCCAGGACGGGACCAUGGGCAAGUCAGGUGGGUGAACGAGUCUGGACGACGCUAGGAGCUUUCCUUGCCUAUGAACGCAGGACCCCCCAAACCUUACCCCUUGCUUCGAUGUGCAUAGAUCUUAAUGGCUCUUUAGCCGAGCUUCAUCCAGUAGCCCGGAAGGGUUUUCUUUGUGCAGAAGAAACCCGGAACUCGCUGCCUAGGAUGCGCGACUUUUAUGCAUUGGGUUUGCCGUGACAUGGAUUUCGGUCUAAUAUGCUUGCUAGAAACUGUUAGGCAGCUGUCGCUUGCAGGAAUGGCCAUGGGGAGAGUCCGUUAGCUUUCAAGCCGUGCUUUGCGUUUCCUCGGAGGAUGUGAUUAAGAGGGGGCAGGAAGCAAGCCGCGAGCAGCGCAAACCUAUUUGGCAAGAAUUCAAAAUAGCUCCCAAUAUAUGUUGGCCCUUAGCCUGCACAGCUGCACUGCCUAAGGUGAGAGGGAGCAACUUUCCUUUCCCGCUGCUUAUGCAAUAGGAUUUUGGCAUCCCAACCAGCUGUGGCGCUUCUGUGUUCUAGGGUUCACAUUUGGAACCGAUACACUCAAGUUUCCGCAAGAAAGGAGGCUCUGGAAUUAGACUGCUGUUCUAGAAGCUGCUCUGGAGCAAGGAACGUUGUUUUCUGGAGCAGCAGCAUCAUUCGGCAUCAGAAGCAAGGGGGUCUGUGCGAGGCGGAGGGAGGAGAUGGUGAUGCAAGUCCCAUGGGGCCCCCUUCUCAUUCCUGACAACUUCAAAAGCUGUAAAACAAGCAGGAAUGUAACAGCUGCUGCUUUUCUUCGGCCAACAGAUGCUGUGAUGGCAAAAGCUGUAUCUUUUACAUGUCUACUAGCCUUACAGCUUUUAAAUGCAAAACUCUGCAACUGUUAUGUCUGGCAGUACCAAAGAACUAGGCCCCUUUAGGAGGCAGCUAUGUUCACAACACAGCAGCCUUAGAGCUCUGCACGUGGUGGGAAAGUCCAGAAUGGAGAAGGAUAUACACUGUGUGUGUGUGUGUGUGUGCGCGCGCGCGCGUGUGUGUGUGCACACACCAGGAGUAUGAAACCUGUGGCCCUCCAGAUGUUGGACUCACCACUACCAUCAGUCCCAGCCAGCAAGGGUCAGCAGUCACAAACAAUUGGAGCUCCAGUGGAGCUGUCUCAGAAGGCUUCCGCAUGUCUGUUUUAAGCAGAUAGCUUUCCUUGGUCUUCUGUGCCAGAGGCGACAUUUAUCUACCUGUUAUCAGUAACACUUGGGACUGGAGCCCAGGACAGUGGCCGAAGGAACACAGCUUGACUUUCUCAGCCAAUGCAAGGAGGGGCCCUUAGCCAUUCUCCACGAAGUUGGGAGUCAAACAGACUGAAUCCCUGAUUCAAAUCACCAAGACUGGUGCUCCUCUGGGUCCUCCUGACAAUACCUCUUUCUCCCAUUGUUUUUACUUGUGGGUGGAAGAUGUGGAGAAAGGGUGUGUGUGUUUUCAUUCUCUCUCAGUCUGCCAUAAAUAGCAAGAGGGGUGGUAAUCACUAGCUGCAUGUUGUAACUUCUGAUUGUGUACAAGGCCUGGGUGUGGGUGUAUUUAAACUGCACUAUCUGAGAAGUCCAUCUGGUUUUACCCACAUGUAGGCAAGGCUAGAAGUGUGUCUUGAGACUUCAUGCAGCCUGCUUUUAACUGCAGCAUCCAGCCAACAGAUUUUUGUGUUUAAUGCUAUGAGUUUCUCCAAGCCUGAUAAUUUCAGGGUGCACACAGAUGUACCUAAAAACCAAGUGUCAAUGUUCUUUGUGAAGUUGAUGUGCAGAGUGUUGAAUACAUGGGUGGCUUUGAUGUCACAAUCUUAUUGUCGCUGUUCCAUGGAACAGUUUUGCAAUGAGAAAAAGCAGAAAAAAGUGGAUUUGUUUUUUUUAAAGGUGCAAUCAAAACAUUUAAUCAGAAAAGGGUACUCUCUGUUAUAGAAAGCUUUUUCCCUGGGUGAUGCUCAUCAGGUGCGGAGAGUCUGUUGUUUUUCUGAGCCAGGCACAAGCCCCUCAAUAGUUUAAAUUUGGAAAUUAGGGGUAGUAUUGAAACAAAUGAUCAUUAUGGACCUACAUUAUGUCCAAUUUUUUUCAAUAGGUCUACUCUGAGUAAAACACAGCUGAUUGACACCUCUGGUCUGUGUUAUGGUGUGAUGCUUCUGUUAUAAUUUUCUGUUACUUUUCUCUUGAUUUAGAAGAGGUUUAAUAAAACUUGCAAGCCACCUUUGACAGUAGUUUGAACUAAAAAAUUGAUUUAAGUAUUAAAUAUUUGAAAUGGGCAAACAUGAAAUUGGUGCUUAAGCAUUGGAGGGAAGGAUCUGGAAGCCUGCCUGAAAUAUGAUGUAGAGCAGAGCUUGUGUGUUAAAAUUGGAUGACAGGCCCAUGGGUGCAUUUGUAUUAGACAGUUUCUAAAUCCUCUGAAAUUAGCUUGUGUUAAGAGCUAAUUAAGGCAGACUGGUGCUUCCUGUGGUAUACAGUGGUACCUCGGGUUAAGCACUGAAUUCUUUCCGGAGGUUCUGUUCUUAACCUGAAAUUGUUCUUAACCUGAAGCACCACUUUAGCUAAUGGGGCCUCCUGCUGCUGCUGCGCUGCCGGAGCACGAUUUUUGUUCUCAUCCUGAAGCAAAGUUCUUAACCCGAGGUACUAUUUCUGGGUUAGCAGAGUCUGUAACCUGAAGCAUCUGUAACCUGAAGUGUAUGUAACCUGAGGUACCACUGUAUUAAAAACUAAUGCACUCUGGACUAAUCCCCCUUCGAGAUGGCAGCCUGGUGGUAAUGGGUCAUUAGUAAGACACAGGAUCAAAUAGGCUUUUGAUGAUUGGGGGUUACAGUACCUUGUUAGACAAACAGCACAUUUCUCCACACAAGUAAGUCCUGUUUUGUUCAAUGGAGUUUAUUAUCAGGAAGAGAUUUUAUCAUUUUAUUGGAUUUUAUAUAAUUUUAGAAAGCUAAAAUCAAUAAGGCAUUAUAACAGCAAAGGAACAUCCUGUAUUCCCUGCCCUCCCAUCUCCCCCAGGAAAGAAUUUUAGACUUCUUACAGUAUGCAAAAUUCUCUUAAUAUCUGUUAUGUACCCUUUGAGGGUUCAGACAGUCAUUACAUGCAGAAAUAUCUAAGAAACCCCAGCCCUCUCUCUCAUUCCUCUACAACAGAGGAGGAAACCUCUCUGGGAGCCAGAUAUUGCUGGACUCUCAUCAACUCCAGCUCCCUUUCCGUUGCCCAGGCUGGCUUGGCCUGAUGGCUUUUGGAGUCCAGAAACAUCUGGAAAAUCCAUGUUGUUCUCCACUCCUGCUAUAAAAGCAACUUGGAAAGGGGUGGUUUGCAGUGGGAGGUCAGGAGGAGAGAGAGUUGCUUCAGCCUUUUUUAACCCACCACCUGAUUUGUAUAAUUAGGAAACAAUCUGCAUAUGCAAUGUAGGCCACCCAGAUUUCAGGGACUAGAAUGUAGAAUAUCUAAGUAUGCAUCUGUCAGGUUAUCAUUUGAGCAAUAUACCAUGCAUACAAUAGAAGAAAACCAUAAGAAACACAAAUAUCAGUGUCCUAAGACCACUGAGCUACAACAGCCCUUGAGCAACAAGAGAGCAUUUCCUGAAAGCAUUUCCUGUUUAGAAUGGUAAACAGGCUGCUACAAUAUUGAAAACAUCCUUAUAAAUAUGCUGGCAAAUCAAUUUUUUUUUCAAUCCGCCAAUGAGGAAUGACUGUUUGCAAGGUGAACAUUUAAUAGCUUAAAGUAGGAGGUGGGGAUUUCCCCCUGUAUAUGUGAAUAUGUUCAACAGCAAUGAACCUUAAAUCCUCAGGUGUAUUCUUACCUUCCAGGAAGUGAAAUGUUAAUGGAGCCUCAAAUGGUUUUGUUGCAAUCUUCUGUGCUCACUAAUCUGUAAUCUCAGGACUCCACUCAUUCGUGAAGAAGGACACAUUAUUACUUAUGUAUACAGUAUUACAUUAUUUCUGUAAAAACCUUUAUGGGACUGGUACAUUGUUUUUCGCUAUUACAGUUCUGCACUGCAAGAACACUUUCCACACUCAAAGUGACCACUUAUAUUUAGGAGUCUAAUUCUGUCGUGUAUUUAUUUUAUAAAUUGUAUAUGCAGCUCAAACCCCCAAAACAGUUUACAAAGAGACUGUACUAAGAGAAUGUACUAAUGUACAGGUUCUUUGUGUUAAAUGAGCUAUGAUAUCCUUUGAGACAAGUCUUGAAAUCCUGGGAUAUGUCUAACUAAGCAUUGAGACACUGUGUGUCUAAUAGAAAAGGACAUGCUGUUAUAUCCUACUGACCAAAAUAAUUUGUUAUAAUGAAUCUUCUUUGCAAAAACAAAAAUCUGAGUCCACCAUACUGUAUAUCCAAGACAUGAAACAUUUUAUUUAAUCUGUGGGAUUUUUAGCUGUUCUUGCAUUGGUGCUAAGCAUGCUAUUCAGUUUCCUUGUUAACCAGAACAUGCAAACUCAUUUGUUUCAAAUGGUGGUUUGAAUUCUGGCUGGUGCAGAUCAUGACUUGUGCUGGUGCAUUUAGCAAUCCUAUCCCAUGGUUAAAGUAAACAAUGAAGGGGUGGGUGGGUUGUGUGACUGCCACAUCAUGCUCUCAAUCUUCUCAUCUCCAUUAGGGGAAUAUCAGACCCCUCAAGUGUCCCGAUUUAAUUGGGACAUUCUGCAUUUACAGAGGCUGCCCCGGCUUCUGAUCCCAAUCUGGGAUGCCCCAAUUUUCUCGGAUGCCACUCUAGGCAUCGCAGCGUCUCCCAGCAUCACAGGACCCAGGGCAACCUCCCUGAGGCAGCUUGAGGCUGCUGAGCAGAAGGCUAAAGACAGCAAUGGUGAGAGAGGGGAGGCAAGGAGGGGGCGAUCAGGCGGGCGAGGAAGGGGUCAGCGGCAGGGAGGGGGCAAGUGAUGUAGAUGGGGGAGGCUGGGGGUGCCCCGAAUUUUUCUUACAAAAUGUUGGAGGGUAUGCAAUAUUAAAGGGACGUGGGUGGUGCUGUGGUCUUGUUGCAGGAGAACCCCACCACCACCACUUGUUAACAGUGUAAACCACAGAGCCUCUUGGGCUUGCUUAUCGGAAGGUCGGUGCUUCAAAUUCCCGCGACGGGGUGAGCUCCCGUUCCUUGGUCCCUGCUUCUUCCCACCUAGCAGUUCAAAAGUACAAGUGCAAGUAGAUAAAUAGGUACCGCUCUGGCGGGAAGGUAAACGGCGUUUCCGUGCGCUGCUCUGGUUUUGCCAGAAGCGGCUUAGUCAUGCUGGCCACAUGACCCGGAAGCUGUACGCCGGCUCCCUUGGCCAAUAAAGCGAGAUGAGCACCACAACCCCAGAGUCAGUCACGACUGGACCUAAUGGUCAGGGGUCCCUUUACCUUUACUGUUAAGUUGUGGGUCAACAUAUCAGACGACACAGCGAUUCUUCAAACAGCUCUUGUUUAUUCACAGGCCAGAACUGAACUGAAGGGUUCAGUCAGCCUGCUUAUAUAGAGCUCCAGUACAAUGUAACUGUAACAAUUUUCUAAAACUAUCCAAUCACUGAACGCCACUUUCGAUCCCUUAUUUGCAUAACUAUCUACAGUAUCCCCCUGCUGGCCCGGGGUGAGAACUUCAGUACAUAACAUUUACCUUUAUGCAAUAUUAAGUCUGCUCUGGAGUAGUUCUAGUCCAUGCUAGUGACUGAAGCAAUGUUUGGCUUCUAGUAAAAUAUUAGCUUGUGGAGCCCAACACCCUCCCCACUUUCAGGGUUGGAAGAUCCCUAUCUCCAUGACUUCUGAAGGUCUUCCCACCACGCUAUACAUCAUUUUUACAGAUUUGUUAGCUUUGCAGAUAUAUAAACAAGUGGCUUUCAGGAACCUUAGUCAUUAGCAUUUUUUGAAGACUUGAGUGGAAAAAACCCCAAGAUAAUGACUCAUUGCAGGCUGUGUAAUAGAUUUCUGUAUAUAUGAAUCACAGUUAAAAGGAAGGGAAGCUGUACUGUUUUCCAGAAGUUGUAUGUUCUCCUGCCUACUAAGAGUGGGCUUGAAAAUGGAUGGAUUAAAUUGCAACCAGGAGAUGAUAGGAAACACAGAAGUUGGUGAACUAGGGCCACAUUUAUGAAUUUAACAAGAGCAGAUCAGCAGUCUUCUAGGAGUGGAGGUACCUUCACCCCCACACUAAUAUAUUUGAGAGAGCCGGGUCCCCCAAGUUGAUGGGCAUUGCCAUUCCACUGGUAAUUGGGUGCUGCAUCUUGUGAUUGGUGAUGUGAGCGGGGCUUACCUGUCUCGCCCGCCCCCCCCCCCCAAUAUUUUAUUCAAUUUGGCACCCCUAGAGAGAGGCAGCCUUAACUAUACCCAACUGUACCAGUGGUCUUCUAGCCACUAACCAGCAGUGCCAUCUCAUAACCAUCAAACUAGCACUGCUAAAGUCCAGGGCCCCACCUGAAAUAUGCAGGAUCUAAACCAAAGCAGGCAGUCAAUGCAACUGCAUGAACCAGGCAGCUCUCAAAGCCUGAAUCACACAACAAAUGCCUUGGGCUUUUCGACCCCAGCAGUUUAUCAGCAGAUAAUGGAUUAUAAGAAUCAGGAUGUGCCAGGCAUGCCUGCGUCUGCCUCCAAGCAUUCUACAUAUCCUGAAAUCCCCAGUAGUGCAGCACACACACACACCCCGCAAGACACCCACAUUGGCUUCCAAAGAGGAGACUGAGAGGAGAUAUGAGAGCUGUCUUCAAGUAUCUGAAGGAAUGGAAGAUGGAGCAAACAUGUUUUCUCCUGCUGAGGAGGGUAGGACCCAAACCAAUGGCUUCAAGCUACAAGAAGGGAGAUUCCGACUGAACAUCAGGAAGAACUUUCUGACAGUAAGAGCUGUUUGACAGUAGAAUGGACUUCCUCAGAAGGUUGCGGUCUCUCCUUGCUUGGAGGUUUUUAAGCAGAGGUUGGAGGGACAUCUGUCAUGGAUGCUUUAGUUGAGAUUCCUGCAUUUCAUGGGGUUGGACUUGAUGACCCUCAGGGUACCUUCCAACUAUGAUUCUAUGAUUCUAAAUCCCAAACUCACACCUGGAAUAAACCUUCCUGAUCAACCUCUGUGUCUAAGCAAUUCAGAACUGGGACAUUCCUGUUAGUAUCUCUUGCCUGUCCCCAAAUAGCUGAAACUCCCUCCCUGUUCUGAGAGAACUUGCCCAAGCACUGCUAAAAGACACGUGAGCUAUGCUUGUAAAUAGAGUAGACUUCUUUCCAGAAUUAAUUGGGGUAGAUGUGUGAGCAUUUAUGUAUUAACUUUAUAUCUCUUCCUUCUUCCCAAAGGAUUUCAAGACAGUAUGCAUCUUGUAUUUAUACAGCAUUGCAAAGUGCUCAGAACACUUUAUAAACAUUAGGGGAAUACUUUGGGCUUGCAAUUAUUUGAAAGUUCUUCAGGAGUACAUUAUCUCCAUUUAAAUGUGUGUUAGGAUCACAUGCUUAGGAGUUAUGUCUAUACUGACAGAUCAUGCAUUAGAUCAGGGAAUAUAACUCAAAUUCACUUAAUCUGGUUCUAUAAAGCUUGUUUUUUUAAAGCAGCUUCUGCUUCCAAGUUUGUUGGAAAGUCCAGCUGCUCCCUUCUUUUCCAUGAGCCCAUCGUGCUGAGAUUACCAAACUGACAAAGCAGGCUCUGUAUCUUUCAGGCUCCAGAGGACAGAAAUGGGAAGCGAAUUAGUCAUUUAUUGUUCUUGUUUCUCAGCACUAGCACAGUUGCAUCUUUAAGAAAUAACAUUCCUUGACUGCUGACUGGAUGAUUUCGGCUUUAUUUCAGUUGUUACCGUAUGCUAAGAGGCUUUGUGUCUUUGUGUGUGUGUGUGUGUGUGUGUGAGAGAGAGAGAGAGAGAGAGAGCGCAAUAUUAGAAUUGCAUAUUUUUAUAACCCUGUAAACGUAGAAUUUUAUGUUCCUGUACAUCUUCGCUGAGUUAAUAAAAUGUAGUUGUUUGGUAGAUCUGCAUAUUAAUUAUCAGAUAUGGAAAGUUUAAUGUACAUCACAUUAUGCAAAAUAUAUGUCCUAAAUCUUAAUACUAAAUGUGGUAUCUAAAUCCGGCAUUCUGUAUUGCAGGGCAUUUUAAGAUUACCAAAUUAAUAGUUACCUCAAGAGUUAAGAUUGGGAGAGUCAUAGCUCAAUAGUAAUUUACAUGUGGAAGAUCCCAGGUCUGGCAUCACCAGCUAAAAGGCAAAGCUUUGGAGAUCUUGAAGGAUCUGCUCCCAUUUGGAUCCGACAAUAAUGGGACGAAUGGCCUCAUUUGCACCUUUGCAUAUUUGGUACUUGGAUGUGUAGAGUGUUGCACAGUGAACACAUUGGUAAUGGGAUGGAAAUUAUGCUAUCCGUCCUCUUCUGUUAAAUAUUGGAAGUGCCUGUGCUAAUUUGACCCAAGCUUGUGCACUGUUCUUUCUUUUUAAACAUAAAUAUGGGUCAUUUCUACACAAGGAUUCUUUAGCACUGUUAUCUGCUAGAAGAGGCAUUAAAACUGUGGUUCUACAUAGCGUGUAAUAUAGUACUAUAUUCCCUAUAGGGAACCCCUCAGUUCUUGUUCCCACAGCAGAAACAAAAGUGGUUUGUGCAUUACUGACCUACGCUCUUGCUAUAAGGCUGCAAUCCUAGGUAUGUUUAAGUCAGAAUUAACCUUCUGAUUUACCCCCUAGAACGCACACUUAGGAAUGCAGCCUCCGAUCACAUGGUGUGAAGUGAUUCAUGCUUCUUCCGGACACUGGCGUUAUUUAAGUUGGUACUUCAUUUACUGAUUUGCUUUUUACAAUCAUAGCCAGGGGUGCCAACUUGAAUAAAAUACUGUGGGGGCCCAGAUAAGGCCCACCUUGCAUAAUCAAUCACAUGCUGCAGUGCACACACACUGUUUGAAUGCGAGUGCCCAUCAACUUUGUGGGGACCCUCGGAGUUGGCUCCUAUGAUUCUAGCAAUUGCAGCAUUUGCUUCUUCAUUUUUAAAAUAAUAAUUUUAUUAGUACACAUGCACUUUAGUACAAAACAAAUUGAAAAUUAAAAAGAGUGGGGGCAAUAGUUGCUGUGGAAACAAAUGGGGGAAGGGGCCACAUGCUGCAGGGACAGGCAGGCAGAACAUCACCAACUUUCUUACUGAAGACUCCUAUUGCUAGGUGCAUUAAUAGUGCUUUGCAAGUCUACACCCACCAGGCUGGUUUCUGCAGUUGCACUGAAAGUAGGAAAAAUCACCACAAACUUUAUUGAAAAAGAUGAGAGUCCAAAUAGUUUGCCAGAGACAUCACUUGGCAUCUUCCCAACAUGAAUGAGUGAUGCACAUUCCAGAGAAAGUCAUUGCACUACUAAAUGGAAUAGUUCCAAACUUUCCUGCUUCUUGGAGAUUAGCUGAGGUUUCAAGCAAAACUGCUCAGAAUAGCCAAUGUAUCAAAGGAAGAAGCACUGGGACAGGAAGGUGAUGCUUUUAUGUAUUAAUUCUUUGCUAUCGUGGGCUGUUUUGUGCUCAGUUUGCUUGCUGGAAAUGUGGCAUACAAAAGUAAAAGAUGAGUAUGAAGAAAGAUAGAUGUGCACCCUAAGUUCUUACUGUAUAUUGUUAAUUUUAGAUCUGUAGGCGCAGAUCAUCCUCUAGAAUAAAAUAGCUUACCAGGGAAAUGCUGAAGACGCCCUUUGGGGUGCCUCAGGGUCAAUUUUUAUGGUAGCCCAAAUCUCAGUUGUACGGGUGUAUGUGUAUAUCUCAAUUUUAGCUCAUGAGCUAUUGCUGCAGUCUGCUCUGAUUGUAUAUUUUAUCUUUAUGAACACUGUUUUUAUUGUGUUAUGCAAGCUGGACUUUGACCGUAAUAAAUUAUCUAAAUCUUAGAUAUGGAAAAAAAUAAUAUUUUAUGCUAACAAAUUGGCUUUGCUACUUUUUUGCAUUGGUUGUUGAAGAUGAGCUAAGGAGGUUAUGGUUAUAAGACAGAAACUCUGAUACCAGGUCAAAAGCUUUGAAUGCCAGAGAUUACAUGCAUAUUAUAGUUCCUUUCUUCUUGUCUGUCUCUGCAAUGCCAUAUAUAUCAUAACGCAUCCCCUCUUGCCAGAGCUUGUGCAACUAAGUGAUCUCAGGUCCAGCUGUUUUAAUACAAGCCACCUGAUGAGUUGGUUAAACUGAUUUUCUUCUUAUUUUGUAGGCUUUGAAAUGUAAGAGCAAUGUAAGAUUUUGACCCUUGCUUAGGGCCUGAAGCAGAGACUGGAAUUGUUUUGAAUUUCUAAUGCUUUAUACUGUUUUAGCUUCCAAGCAAUUUGCGGAAGAGGUCUUAAGAGCCCACAAUGACUACAGGAAGAAGCAUGGAGUUCCCUCCCUAAAACUCUGCAAGAAGUUAAACAGGGAAGCACAGCAGUGAGUACAAGUACUUCUUUAUUUUGUUAAUUGAAGAGUUUAUUGGUAUUGCAGUACUUUUGAUUAGAUUCUUGUUUUGUUGAUACUCAAAUCCUCAUAGAUUUAUUUCCCUGAACAACAACAAAAGACAUUUUUUCCCCACUGCCAGGAUCAGCAUAAUUGUCUUCUCCAGUGGUGCCAUAUUUUGGAAGAGCAAGGCGGCACACAGCAAAAUCUCUAGUAAUUUCUAUAAGCAUUGGUUGAAAGGAAGAAGACAACCUAAAUGUUGUUAAUGUCAAUGGCUGGCACUACCAAAGAAUAUUAGAGCUAAGGAAUACAAGCAAAAUUACAUGGUGCAUGUUGUUGUUGUUUAGUCGUUUAGUCGUGUCCGACUCUUCGUGACCCCAUGGACCAGAGCACGCCAGGCACUCCUGUCUUCCACUGCCUCCCUCAGUUUGGUCAAACUCAUGGUGGAUGUAGCUUAGCUCUAAUGUUCUUCGGUAUUGCCAGCGAUUCACACCACCAUUUCUUGGACCACUUCACACAGUUGGUAGGUCUCAUAGGAUGGGAUGCCUCUCUGUACAAAAAGACCACCCAGAAUAGACACAGUAGCUCCUAGCAUGUCUGAGAGAAGGGGCCUUGCCUCGCUUUAUCCUUCAUGUGCUAGUUUUCUGGAUGUAUUAAAUUUAUAUAAUCUUUCAAGCAUUCUGAUGCUCCCCCUGUCUCUAAAAACUAAACAGUUGCUAUCAUGUUCCUGUUGAGGAAAAGAUAUUAACUGGCUGGUUUGAGGAGGAUCACUUCAUGGUGCUGGCACCCAUGGCUUGGCCACUGCCAGAACUCCUUCAUGGGGACCUGUGGGCGCUUGGAGACACACUGUGAAGCAGGGAGCAUUGCAUUCUGUUGCGCUAUCAACAUUCCAAGCGUAUUAUAGGGUUUGGUAAUCUUUGGAAGCCUUUAGGUCUCACAGCAGGGCUGCCUCACACUCUCCUCCUCCUCAGGCGGACGAUGUUCUGAAAUACCUCAUAUCCCUUAAGGAACGGGGAUUAGCUGCAAAAUACCACGGCUUUGCAUGUAACAUCAUUCAGCAAACUCCUGCAGCUUCCAGAACCUCUGAGACUACUUCCAUGUAUGGAAGCUGCUGGAAGGCUGGUGCAGAAGCUACCCACCCCCCCAGCCCAGGACACUAAAAAACCAAUUGCAUAUGCUGUCCUAAGGGACAUAUAGACUGUGUUGGGCUCCAUGGGCUGGUCAAAGUACGAGACCAGGCUUUUCCAGGCAGCCCAUUCCCUUGCUUUCUUUGGGGUGCUGUGGGUCAGUGAAUGCACAGCCAGCUUUUGGCUUCACUGGUUACCAAGGAUUUUGUGCUGGGUGAUGUGUUCCUGUCCCAGUCUUCCUUAAGGGUUCAGGUGCAGGUUUCUAAGACAGACCAGUCUGGAAAAGGGGCCGGAGGAGGAUGAGAUGGGAGACAGCCUUAUGCCUUGGCUUGCAUCGCUGAUUGUGGUGAAGGCCCUGCCAGACGCCCUUGUCAUUAGCUAGGCAAGAAUAAUCUGAGAAACAGGAAAGGCAUCAUCAACCUCACCAGCCUACCAGUCUGGAGAGUUUGCUCUUGAAACACCCCCUUAAUAUCUAUAUUUUGGUCUGAACUGUUGGUGUGGCAGCAGUGAUAGGGCAGAUUGGGGGCUGGGUGAUUCAGCUCCCUGGCAUUGUAGUUCAUAACAGAGGCCUGUCCAGACCUGAUGGGGCACAUCUGUUCCCCAUGGGCACCAAGGUGUGGCUGCUGGAUGUUUACAAAGACCUUUGAGAGUGUUGCAGAUGUAAGUAGGUUGGGGGGGAGCUGACUGAGGGUGGGGCCAACUAAGGUGGCAGAUAAGGCAUUGGGUUGAAUUCCUAGUCAAUGCAGAUGGGGAGGCAACUGGGACUUAAGGGAUUGGGGUGCUCCCUUAAAGGUGUCUGGGGGAGGUGCUUCCAUCCUGACACCCAGGUGGGGGCUGAUGGGCCAGGAUACCCCCCGAAAUGGUGAUCUUAGAGGUCCCCCCAUUUUGAGGUACAUCCCGGAGUGAUCCUUAACCUGAGAUUAACCCUUCUUUUAUCCCAAAGCAAUUGUCUUGUUAUUAUUUCAUCUUCCUUGAUUAGUCCCCAGCUGCCCACGGCCUCACUGUGUCUGGGCCCACAAUCCUAAAUUCACACACAAAGUGACCGUCAGUAAGAUGGGUGGGAUUUGGCAUCAUACUAAGGUGAUCAUUAUAUCAGAACAAGUAUUUGUGCUUUCUGGGCCGAACAACCUCUCCUUUCCUCUCCUAAACUCUUUUCUGGGGAGUCUCUCGAUCCCCUGAGCUGCUUUAGGAGAAUUGGAGGGAGGGGAAAAGUUUAGUCAAGCUAGCAAGACUCAUUGGUUGAAUACAGCAAAUGACUUUGCAAAAAGCAGUAUCAGAAGAGGAUCAAAGGCAAUCCCAUGCAGAUGUUAAGAUCGGACGGGGAAAACAAAGACAAUCCUUCUGGUCACUUGUCCUACAAAAUCCAUGCAUGACAAGCAAACCUAGAUACUCACUCCCCAGCCUUCAGACAGAAAACCCAAUAGGAUGUAAGUGGGAGUUGAAAAUAAAGUAAAGUGCAAUAGGGUAAAAUUAAUGGCAUAAGGUCCGAUUCAUUGCGAAAGGCUGUUCACGAAAGUAUGAGGAGAACUACAUGGAAGCAGGCACACAAUGGUCAGAAUAUUGUUCAGUGUGACAGCCAGAAAAGGGAUGCAAGGUAAACACUGAUUCAAAACACAAUUUUUAAAAAAGAGAUUCAGAGGAACUAGACCUACUAUACUGCCCUACAGAAGAUACCACAGCAGAUGUUCUGCAAAACCUUUAUCAGGGGAGCGUUCUCACAAGCUAUUAAGAAAAAUCAGCUUUGUGGGUUAAUUAAUAUGUCUGUUGAGAAGGAGUGUUCGAAAAGGCAAUGGUGCGUAAUUAAGUAAUACUGUCCUGAGAGGAAGAAGCCGCUAGAGAGUUAAUGUCUAUGGGAACGAAAAGCUAAGUGGCCUUCCUGAGCUUUCCGUUCUCAUUUCUCUUCCUGCUUGCUUGUUUCUGAUGUAUGUGGAUCUUAAGUGAAAGAUCCCGUUUGGUUUACUUUGCAGCCAUGUCUGCCUUCAGUGUGGUGGGCCAAAACCUACUCAGCAACAAUGGAAGCAUAGAAAUCUUUAUCGGAGAAUCACCUCAGCAUGAAGAGAAGCACACAGCACUGUCAACAUACCAGAGUCCCUCAUCAAAUGUUGACUCAUAUCAAAUAACAAUUUCUUACCCUUUCUACUACAAAUAUGGCAUGGCCCACCCUCAAAUUUACCUCUUUUGCACAACCCAGUUUCAGAUCAAUCUGUGGGACCAUUUUCUAUCUAUAAACUCUGGAACCUACCUCACCCCACCCCCCGAUUUCUCAUUACAAUGGCAGGAUACAAUUCAGCUGGCUCACCCUUCACAUCCAUAGGGUUAGGGUUAGCGCUGGUGUUGCCAUUAUUAGUAUUAACAUUGGGGGGGGUCUUGGCUCCACUGCUGAGACAGGAGGAGGAAAUAGGGGCUUGUCAGCCCUCCACCCCAUUUCAAAGGCCAAAGGAAGGAAUAUCUAGGACAGGCUUCCUCAGCCUUGGCCCUCCAGAUGUUUUUGGCCUACAAUUCCCAUGAUCCCUAGCUAGCAGGACCAGAGGUCAGGGAUGAUGGGAAUUGUAGUCUCAAAACAUCUGGAGGGCCGAGGUUGAGGAAGCCUGGUCUAGGAGGACCAAAGGGAGGAGCUUGGGCAGAGGCUGUGUUUGAUGAUGGCGAUGAUGAUGAUAAAGAUAAAAAAUUACUUAUAGCCUGCCCAUCUGACUAGGUUGCUUCAGCCACUCUGGGUGGCUUAAAAAGGUAAAGGGACACCUGACUGUUAGGUCCAGUCGUGACCGACUCUGGGGUUGUGGCGCUCAUCUCGCUUUACUGGCUGAGGGAGCCGGCGCACAGCUUCCGGGUCAUAUGGCUAGCAUGACUAAGCCACUUCUGGCGAACCAGAGCAGCGCAUGGAAACACUGUUUACCUUCCCGCCGGAGUGGUACCUAUUUAUCUACUUGCACUUUGACGUGGCUUAUAGCAUAAUAAAAGCACAGCAAAGCAUCAAACAUGAAAAAAAAACUUCCUGAAAAGUUUUCCACACUCGUAUGAGUAGCUCUGGGGCACUAUGUUGUUCUUACACGGAACAUUGUGCAUACUCUUCAUUUAGAACAGGGGUCACCAACCUACAGCCAGAUAAGGCCCAAGGGUCUUGUUUAUUUGAUCCGCGGUGGCGGCCACUGCUGCCGCCCACUCUUACUGGCACGGUGCAGCACAGCACAGGGACCCACUUCCCGUGCAGAGGAGAAUCGGAAAUAGCAUGUGCGCGUGCGGAUGGGUGCAGGCUCCCCCGCCCUCUGGCCCGCCACGCAAUCAUCGCUGGAGACCCCGGCCUGAGGCAAGGAAAGCUUGGAGACCCCUGAUUUAGAACAACCUUCACCACCUGGCACCCAUUUUGCUUCAGCAUCCUGCAGUCUGUUUACGCUUAUGUAAAGACCUUUCCUUUUUUUUUAUCUAGGUAUUCAGAAGCACUUGCUAGCACCAGAAUCCUCAAACACAGUCCUGAAUCCAGUAGUGGGAAAUGUGGGGAAAACCUCGCAUGGGCUUCGUAUGAUCAGUCAGGUAAGAUAAGUACAUAGGAAAGACCUGUUAACAUUGCAGUGCUCAAACAUUUUCCUCCCAAAACUGUAAGGACUGCAAUCUAAGCAACACAUAUGUGAUAAAAUAUCAUUGAAAGCAUUUUUUUAUUUGUCAGUCCAAUAGUGGCACAGUGCCAUACUUAUGCAUGUUCAAGUGGGAAAUGUCCCUCUUGAUUCAGUGGAACUUGCUCCUAAAUGAGCAUAGGAUUGCAGCAAGAAGUUUAAGAUAAACAUUAUUAAUUUUCAAUGGUUGGAAUCGGUUGUAUGCUUUGUGUAGGUAUCCCAGUGCCACCUUUGGUACUCUUGUUCAAGGCUCAUUGAACCUAGGCAGAGAGCUGGUGUGGUAUUGUGUUGAUAAAGUUGGAUGCGAGCCAGCUUAUAUUUUUUUCAGUUAUUUAUUACAUUUGUAUCCCACCUUUCCUCUAAAAAGCUUGCAUCUCCAUAUCCAGGUACUCAGCCACAUUGGCAGAGAAAAAGUGCUUUAUAUGCUUUGUAUAUGCAUUAUAAUACUGUGACACCAGGUGGCGCUGUAGAGUUCCGUUUUUGCCAACCUGAUUUCUCAUACAAAGUUUACAAUGCGUUUAACUGAAACGCUUCUUCUUUCAUGUGUCUAGAUCCAGCCCAGAAAUGUUAUGGCCCAAGGGUAAGGUAGGGUGUAAAUCAGUAGAAAAGAGGCAGAACCUAACUACUGAAUCCAAUAUGUUUAAAGUUAUUUAACUGCUUUAAAUAUUAAAACAUUUGAAUUUUAUAAAAUUGAAAAUGUGCUUAGUGCUUGUCAGUUAUCUCUGUGAUUUUACACUCACCGACCAAAACAUUUCUAAAUUUAUUUUCUCUCAAAAUACACAUUUUACAUAUUUUGAUACAUUUUUCAAAACUGCAUCAGGACAUUUGGUAACUGCAAAAUACAUACUUAGGUGGUCAGAAAAUUCUUUCUCUUUAUGUUUUAAAUUCAGCUACUUAUUGCUGUUGGUCAGAAUGGUGUGUGAUACUCUUUUUUUCCCAAAACUUUGGGGUUUUUACUAACUUAAUUCCAGCUUGGUUAGAAUGUUUUUUGAGAGCCCAGAGCUGCCUUGUCUUGGAUGAAAAAAGAACAGAGUGGCAGCAUUUUUGCACCUCAUCAGUUGCAAUUCAACAGCAUCUUUUCAUUCAUUUUGCAGGGAGCGAAGUAGCUGACAGAUGGUACAACGAAAUAAAAAGUUACAACUUUCAGAGUCCGGGGUUUUCCUCUGGGACAGGUGAGUAUGGGCUUGGCCUUGCUUACUGAAAGUUAGCCAGGGCUGGCCCACCUAUGAGGCAAGGGAAGGUGACUGCCUCGGGCAGCAGGAUCGCAGGGGCAGCAGAUCCCGUCUCUAAGGAAUGAAUCACCCGCUGCUGCUGCUGCUGCUGCUGCUGCUUUGGUGGUGGCAAUGAUGGCUGUGGGACCCUCCUUGGAGGCCGCAGCUGCCCCUCCUUGGCACCCCCCCCAUGCUGCCUCUGCCACGGCCUCUCAGUGAAUAGGAGGCAAUGCUGGUCUCCUCCCACCCCUAGCAAGGAAAUGGUGGGCUCCCCAUCCACCCAACGAGAUUCAGAGAGUGGACCUCUCUCUUCCUCUCCCCCCCCCCACCUCAAUUGUUGGGUGAGGCUGAAUUGAUUUCCCCCCUUCACUCACCCAUUCUUCCCUGGUGCAGGGGUGCCAUUUAGUGGUUCACCAGAAUGUUUUUGGCUGGCCCUGCGGAUAACCUAAAGGACACUUCUAGUUUCUCACAAUAUCUCAGACAUUAAGCUUUUAUAUAAACAUAUCCUUUCAACUGAAUAGAGGGUGGGGAGGUGGAGGCAUGGUGCUCAAAAUUCAGCAAGAAACAGGCGCUGGGUAACCAAGUGUGAAGAAGCUCAGGCUUAGUAAUUUCUAAAUCUUCCUCUUUCUAACACCAUAACUUGAAAAAGCAUUGAUUCCAAAGACACAUGGUUUAAUUUUUCAGGAAAUGGCAGAGAUACCAGUUAGAAGCUUUACUAACUGCAUUGGGUUAACCUGUUAAGUACGGAUGUGUUGCCAUAGAAACAACUAACUUAGGGAUGCCUCGAGAGCAAUAAGCCAGUGACUAGCCAGGGUUAGUCUCAUCGGGUCGCUGGGAAUUCUCAAGAGGACAGACAUGCUGUCUUUUUUGAAACCAAAGCUAUGACUUUGGGGGUUCUCCAUGAAGCCUAAUGGGGAGCAAGAUUGGCUGGAGUGUUCAUUCUCUUCCAUUUAAUGCUCAGCCUGUGUAUGUUUAUAAAUAAAAGCGUGUAUCACAAGAACACCACAGUCUCCAGUGAGCUUCAUACCAAGGAACCUGAAACUGAGGUCAAACAAACAAGUUAACUAAUUGGAGCGCUCCUUAAAACUUUCAAAUGUAUCCUCAAAACAAUUGUUCUUUUAAAAAGUUAUGAGCAAGCAAUACUUUUAUUGCGCACAAAGGUUAAGGUCCUUGAGUUAGGAUGCUUGAAUUUCCUUGAGCAAUUUUUCUGAAACCGAGUACUGUUCUCGCCCAGUCUUGCAUGAGACUCUUGCCCAGAGCCUAAUAGAUUCUGUGUGGGGUUUUUCUUUAAGGACACUUUACAGCCAUGGUUUGGAAGAACACCAAAAAGAUGGGAGUUGGCAAGGCGGCUGCCAGCGACGGCUCCACAUUUGUGGUGGCCCGAUAUGAGCCUGCUGGCAAUAUUGUAAACCCUGGUCACUACGAACAGAAUGUCCUCCCGCCAAGGAAAUAACGUUGCCAGGAGCCUGAGGGAAAGGACUGUUCAAGCGGCUAAUGAAAAGCAAAACGGAGGAUCGGAUUAGUUUGGAUAAGCAGGUUUAUAUUUGAAAAUGGUUAUCAAACUUGCUACAAGGAGAGUGGCUUGAAUCGUGAGAAUCAAUCUUGCCUACCAAAAUGGACUUUUGUAUGGAACCAGUGCCUAAAGGGCUGAGGAACCUCAGCAAGCCCAAAAUGCAGAAUGUGCAAAAAUUAGGAGUUUAAAUAAUGGUUUUAUAUAGCUUUAUAUUUGUCUAGGGUUCCUUUUAAAAAUUACAUUUGUAUGGUAUAAGUAAAAUUCAGUUGUGAUAACUUUUAAAUGUUUUUUUUAAUCAAGUUCAGAUUGCAAAUUACGAAGUAAACAGUCUGAUUUUGGCUAUUGUAUCAAAACAGUUGAGUUCCUUAUGAAUCCCAUUCACAUCCAUAGUCCUUGCUUCUAUGCAGUACUUUAUAAUAUUUUUGUCUGCUCUUUCUAGAUGUAUGAGGGUUCUCUCUGUAGCCUGGAUACACUCUGUAAAUAACAUUUGUGUUCUUUGGCCAAGUGCAUGUGUCGAAAUCACAAUGGUCUGUCAGAUGAUGGUAGCAUUUGGGAGCACAGAAGAUGAAAACUGAACUCUGCCAUGUACUGUAUAUUGAACAAGGUUUGCCGUUGGCAUGAAAGGUUUCCCAGUUAGCUGAAAUUUGAACUUAGUCCUAGAUGAGUAGCUACUAUUUGGAUGAGUACUAUUUGCUCAGUGAAAUCUAGGAUGCCACAUAGCAGCCUAAAUCCAGGGCUAUAUACAUGUUGCAGUGGAAGUGCAGAAUUCAGCUUCUUGAGAAUCUCACUAGAAAAUAAAACCAAGCAGAACAGCUGCAAAAAGAUGCUUAGAAGUGCCUGGUCAAAUGCCCACCAAUAUGUCAGAAGCCUGGUAGUUGAUGUCAGUAGUUCUGUGGCUUACAUAGGUUCUUGACCUCAUUAGUAGCAAAACCAGAAUAAAUUAUGCAAGAUAGCAAAAAUACAGGUAAAUUAUGCAGAUAAGCGAAAUCGUGCAAAUAGAGCAACUGUGCAUAAUUUAUACUGGUUAAAGGAUUACUCUUUUCUUGGUGCAUAAUUUAGAUGCCUGGUUGCAGAUUUGUUUUUUUAAAAAGUUGGCACAAUGUGUGCUUGUUGUAUGUACAAUUCAGAUGACAAUUUACAUGAUAUGGUGUUGCUCACAGUGGUUUACAUUAAAAAUACAUACCAUACCAACGACUAGGGGAAGGCAGGCCCUUUGGGAUUAUUUUGCCAUCAUUUGAAAUCAUAAUCUUUCUUAACACCAUCUCUUCCCCCACUUUAAGAAAUAUUGUAAAUCUUCUAUUCAUCUGCUCUUUUAGAACAUUCCUGUUAGAUAUGUAACUGGUAAUGCAUGACUUUUUGCUGCAGUUCCAAGUGAGUGUAGGAAGGUACACAUACGGUAACUAAGCUUCCUGAGAAAUUCAGAUUUCAUUUUGUAAAGCAAGAUGCAAAAAUUUGCUAAAAGCCCAGAAGUAUGAGCAGUGCCUGAAUGAGAUUUUCAGUCAUUGGGGACGUCAGGUUUCAGUGUCAUUUCCUUUCCCAUGAUUAGCAAGGGCAGCAUAAAUUAUGAAAGACAGCAAAACUUGUAGAGUAAAUUAUGCAAAAUAAGAUAAAUCAUAAAAUUUGAGCAAAUUUUAUAAUUUAUCACAUCUCACAGGAUUUUGUUUUCUUAGUACAGAAUAUGGAUUGCCUGAAUAUAUACAGUGCAGAGUACACAUAGUUCUGCACAGAAGACUUGCCCUUAUAUUUUUGAUACAUCUAUACAUCUGAAAUAAUACUGCCCAGGGCCAGCCACUGGCUGGACUGUAGAUCUCAGCCAGCCAGCUGGAGGGUGACCAACGAAAAGAGAGGCGGUAUCUCAGCUACUCCCAGGGAGGCUGCCAGCCUCACCAACCAGCCCAGGGCAGUUAUAGUUUAUCCGAUGCCAGCAUUCAGAUGAUGCUUCCCUGUUUGGUGGUGGAUGGUGUGGAGGAGAAGGGGUGAGAGACCCCGGAGGAAGGGGACAGAGUGCAAGUCUCCACUGGGAGCUGCUGGAUAAAGAACCGGGAUGUGCACAGAGGGGAGAGAAGGGUUGGGUCAACCCAGAAGUUCCUGCCUAGGAUUCUCAUUUUGGCACGAGGCAGAGACCUGUGAGUUUAGACAAGUUUUGGGGUGGGUGGGUCCUGUGAACCCUGGGCAAAGAGCAGGUGAAAGGAGGAGAGAGCCAGGGAUGCCCAGAUGCUAAGAAGCUGUUCCAGUGGCAGUCUGCUCCUUACCUACCAGAAGAGGAGAGAAGAAAGACGAUCAGUGUAGCAUCUGGGACAUUCUGAGGGGCGGGCAGAGGAGCCCAUGUGGCCCAGAUUGGGGACAGCAGCCCCCAACCUCCCUUGAAGCCCCAAAUCCCGAAGGCAGCUUGUAGGCCUCCUUGCUUUAGUCCCAGGCUGUGAACACACUAUACCUUAAAAGCAGAUUUCUCCCCUCUCCCUCCCAAAGAAUUAUGGGCACUGUAGUUUAUCUCUCAGUUACAGUUCCUAGUGACCCUUAAACUACAGUGCCUUGGGCAGAGGGGAGUCACGUCCAAUAAAGUGAGGCACCAGGCACUGUAAUUUAAGGGUGUGUGUGCUUCAAAUGCCCUUUAAAGGCAUAGUCCAUACGCAGCCCCGCUUUAACCAGAACACACACCUCACCCUAGGGAGGCCCACCCAUGAGGCAAGGUGAGGCAACUGCCACAGGUGGCAGGAUCCAGUGGAGUAGCAGGUCCUGAUGUCAAUCUUUCUACCCACCUUACCUCUUACUUCCAUGAGCAUAGCCUUACUAAAAUUGUGUAUAUUCAUGAAUAUUCAGCUUCUGUUUAAAAGAAAUGGAACAUGAAAUCAGAAAGGUCUUUGCCUUACAUGGUCACAUGAUAUUAAGUGCUGCCGUUUGUAUUCCAAGUCCAUUAAAUGUAACCCAAGAAUUCAAUGCAGCAGAAUUAUUAAUAUUUGAAAAUAAAGUAUUUUUCGUAUGAA